CUGUAAUGAGUCGUCGUUUCUUUACUUACGGAACGCUGAAACGCGGCGAGCCAAAUCAUCACGUGCUUAAUCAUAACGUUACAUUUGUUGGUGAGGGAUGGACAGCGAAGAGUUACCCUCUGGUCGUCAUAUCUCCAUUCUUCGUUCCUUUCCUGCUAGACAAAGACAGUCAACCGGGAGCAAAGCAAGUUAAAGGUGAAGUUUAUGAUAUCGACGACAGAAUGCUAGUCAAACUCGACCAACUAGAAUUGCACCCCUACUGGUACACGAGGCGCCCCACUCAAAUCCAUCUACAAUCUGGAGAGCAAACGACAUGCGAUGUCUACUUCUUACAGACACCAAAACCCGAUCUACUCAAACUCGAAUUUUUUAGCAGUUUUGAUCACAAAUUGCACUCUUACGUGUCCAGAGACAAACGACUGUCAAGCAUCGGAGAUUUCCUCGACUACAUCAAAGUGUGCAAAGAUGUCGACAAUGUUUCACUCAAAGCACUGGAAGAUAUACUCAAAUCACGUGACAUUUAAUAAUCUCGAAAUCACGUGACUUGAUAUAUUUAUAUCACGUGAUGCUUUUACUUAAAUCACGUGACAUUUGACCACACAAAUCACGUGACUCUUGACACGACUGUUUUUGAUAGAAUACGACUGAGAGAGUCUCGUCUAUAAUACAAAUGAUCUUACACACUGAUUCUGACGGUUCAUUU